AUGGGCAUUUCUUUUCAGAAUCUAUGCCUUCUCCUCUUCGUUUUCUUUUCCCUUUCCGGAAAAGCGCAUGCCUUCGGUGCUGGAAAUAUCGCAUCGAUUUCCAAGAUUGAAGGCCAGAACUGGCGCCACGGAGACAUUGAAGACGCGCUUCUAAGCUUGUUCUUGGCCCGCGCUGCUGGAGGUCGGAAGUUCAGCAAGCUUGAUGUCCAGCGUGUUUACUUUGGAAACUGGUUGCGAGACUACAGCCAAGCCGUAGACGUUGGGACUGUGAAAUAUGUCAGCGCCGAAGCUAUCCGGAUCCUUCUAUGGGUUCUUGGGUUUUUGAGUUUUGGAUACGGCACAAAAGAGUUCGAAGUCACAACGGAACGUCUGGGAUGCUAUCAGCCCACUGAACAUAUUGACAAUCCUCUUGGUUAUGCCGAAGGCGAAGAUGCUCGCGACUAUGACCCACGCCUCAGGGGACCGGUUGACGAAGAACGUGAAUUAGCUAUUGAUCCAGAGACAGGCCUCAAGAACUACAUAGCGAAUGAACGCAUGGAAAUUGACACCUCGGCCGCCCUUGUUCGGCGACUAUUUGGCCGUUGCGUUCAACUGGGACGGAGAUACGCCCGAUCCAGGAACGAUGAAGAUCUGCACGAGGCCCUCCGUCUUCUCGGAACCGGCUUACACUGCCUGGAGGAUUACGCUGCCCAUUCCAAUUAUGUUGAGUUGAGUCUCAUCGAGCUGGGUGAAUUUGAAGUGUUCCCCCAUGUUGGUCGCGAUACCCAGGUCGAGAUAGACGGCAAAUCAGUCUACCCCAUUGUGACAGGCACCUUUGGUGGCGUAGACUUUUUCCAUUCGGUUCUGGGUGAAAUCUCCGACAAAGCGACACAGUCCGAAAUUCAAGAGUUGGAAGGCGCUAUCAAUGAAUCUCAAAACGAGUCGCCUUCUGAUAGCUUCCUUCAGAAUCUGCUCAACAAGAUUCCAGAAGGGCUGAUUGGUAACAGCGACGAGAAAGUGGGUAGAAUGGAUGAACUCAAGGCCGAGUCGGAGAGCGCAAAACACCAACAAGUCUCCCCUCGCGAACCAGAAGAGUGGGCUACAUACCUGGACGAUGUCCAAAAGAAAAUCUACCCGGUCCUGGAAUGGCAUGACGACUUGCUGAAAUCUAUCAAUGAGGCCAUCGAAAAGAUCCCAAUAUUACCAGAACUAAUCGAACAAGUCCAGGAGCAAAUAACAGUUGCAGUCUUCUCGAUUCUUGCCCCCUAUGUGCUGCCCAUCCUCCAGCAAGUCAAGGCCGAGCUACAGACUGGAUCAUCCGAAGUCAUCCAGAGCAGCAGAGAUCAACAGCAUGUGGUCUUCAACAACGACUCUUGCAGCAACCCCACUCACUCAAUGCUUUCAAAAGAUCAUUUUUCAAAUGUUCUCAAUGAACCAGCCGGGCGUGUUGCUUCUCAGGUUGUUAAAUGGACCGUGCCGCAGCUGAUGGAGCUGUGGGAUGACGAAGAUGCUGAUAUCGAGCCAACUCUGGAUCGAAUCAUUUCCGGUGUUUUCCACCACCCAGUUUUACGGCAAGACGGUCCCAAGAUUCGCCGCACCAUGUUUGACACUGUAAGAGAAUGGUGGGAAGAAGCCGGCAACGAAAGUCUCCGUGAUCAGCUGUCCCGCGAAGGCGUCCGGGAAGGGAGGAAUCAUAAAGAAGGCGUUCACGAUUCUGGACACGGCUGCGGAAAACCACUUAGCUUACACAAGGGCCCGCAAAAUUUCGGUCCGCCCAACUCCGAAGGAAUGGCGGAAAUAGCUUCAGAAGCCGCGGGUGGGGGAGCUCUUGGUGGCCUUAUUGGGGGCCUUGUGAGCGGCGUCGGUUCGAUGUUGCUAGACUCUGGAAACAAGUCGAGGGACGAUGGCCAGCAAGAGCCUCGGUACGAAGAACGCCAUGAAGAGUACCAUUCGGGUGUCGUCACGGAUUAUCGAAAUCAGAAGCGUUAUGAAUCGCCCAAGGGCAGUGAAGAUUCUGGUAGCGGUCGUCAUCAUCAUCGCAGACAUUCUAGCAAGCACCAUAGCCGUGAGCGUUCCCGCUCCAAAGAGCGUAGCAGUGGCUCUGAUGACGAUGACGACCGCUAUCAGUAUACCCGGCAUGAAAACCGAUACGACGACGGGCAACGCGGGUACGUUCAGCAGGCCUCUGCGGAGUAUACCGAGAGUGGCGGAUAUAGAGCCGAGUACACGCAGUCGAGUUAUCGGUAUGACGACCGCUCAUCGUACCAACAACACGAGUAUUCUCAGGAUAGCACGAGGGGGUUUGCUGCCGGAUACGACUCUGCCGGAUUUGAUGGCCGUUACGGAUCUGCCGGAUCUGACGGCCGUUACGAACCUCGUCCAGAUUAUGAAUCCCGAGGUGGAGGUUCUCAAGAAGGGUACCGAGGUGGGUAUGGUUCUCAGGAGGGUUACUUGCAGGAGGGUUACUUGCAGGAAGAUUACAGGCAGAACUACGGCGGGUACUCGCAAGGCGGAUAUGGUCAGCGUCGUGACGAGGACAGGUACUAA